CCUCUCUCACACGGUCACACCACCUGACCCUCUCUCUCUCUCUCUCUACCUCUACCUCUCUCAUGGGGAACAAGCCGGCGUGCAUGUCGCUGGCGCCGGUGCCCGGCUCGGCUUCGGCGUCGAGCGGCGGCGGAUGCAAGGUGAUCCACGCGGACGGGCGGGUGACGCGGCUGGCGCGGCCGGUGCGGGCGUCGGAGCUGAUGCUGGACCACCCGGGCAAGUUCGUGUGCGACGCGUGCCGCCUCGCCGUCGGCUGCCGCGUGCCGGGCGUCGCCGCCGACGAGCUCCUCCAGCCGCGCCGCGCCUACUUCCUGCUCCCCAUGGACAUGCUCUACUCCGUGCUCACCGACGACGAGAUGGCCGCGCUCGCCGCCGCCUCCCACGGCGCCGCCACGGCCGCCACCGCCGCGUGGCGGAGGAUCGUGGUCACCACCACCAGACGGCGACGGGGCGGAAACAGCAGCAACGGCUGCCGCGGCGCCUCUUCCAGGCCGAGCAAUGGCGACGCCGGCAGGGUGUUCCCUGUCGUCGGCCUGCUGCAGCUCCAGGAUGCCCCCGCCGGACACCCCACGAGCGGCGCCGGGGCCAAGUCGAGCGGCACCACCGUCGGGCUGAGGCGGCUACGGUCGUGGCAGCCGGUGCUGGACACCAUCGAGGAGGCGCCGUGACGCGACGCGGCGGCCGGCCCGAUCGGCCGGUUGGUGCCACGCUAGUGUUAGGCAGCUAGAUUGAGCUGGCUCUCGAGUGUACAUGGUCGAAUUAGCUUCUAGCUUUCUCUUUUAUUUUUUCAUUUCUUUUUCUCUUUUCUGUAAAGUUCACUACAGUACAUUCUUUUGGCCUGUGUCAAAUUGACAAAUCUGUUUUUUCUC